CGCGAAUCACCAUUGUGCACAACUCAAAGUCUUUCCAUGAUGAAGAUACUUGCUCUCCACGGUCUUGGCUCGUCGACUUCGAUGCUCCAGCAGCAGCUAGCUCCGUUCGUGAGAGAUCUCGGCGCAAGCUACCAAUUCACAUUUCUUGAUGGAGAAAUACCCUGCGGAAGGGGGCCAGGCGUUCCAAAUUGGGUCUCAGGACCCUUCCAUUCAUACGCGACAGGCUUCACCCCACUCGAGGUUCGUGAGGCACUCGACCGGCUAGAAGUCUUUAUUCAAGAACAUGGUCCCUUUGAUGGCGUCUUUGGGUUCAGCCUGGGUGCUGCUCUCGCUAUUUCCUACAUGCUGGACCGUCAGUGCAAACACACACCAGCACCAUUUUCCUUUGCCGUCUUCUUCUCGCCCAUAUUUAUAGCUUCGCCAGAUGAGAGCUACUGCGAACAGCUUCUCCAGCGAUGGCUGGAUGAUGACCAUACAGUGUUCAGGUCCAAGUUCCCAGGUGGCGAAUUCAUGCCCCUGCUAGAUGAUUCAAGUGAGCGGACACUUGCCGAGUACUUACGGGUAGUUUUGUUGAUGCAGUCUAUGGGAGUUGGGAUGAUCUUACCCAAUACUACAAUCGACUUCCUUGGGGCCGGUGAGGUCGCGGGAAUUCCACGACUGGUACAUCCUGAUUUGCUUCAUGAGCGUAUAAGAAUACCCACUGUGCAUGUUACUGGUCGGAAGGACUCGCCAUACAUUGGGGAGCAGUCACGAAUUGCUCAAAAACUAUGUUCGGCCUCAAUUAUGCGCGUUCAUGAACAUGACGGAGGUCAUGAUGUGCCGUACAAGAGAUCGGACGUAAAGAAUAUUGUUUCCUCCAUCCAGGCAACGGCUAAGGAGGGUCGGGAUAUUCGAGACUUGUAUGAACUUUGAAUUUCACUCGGCUAUUUAGAGUAUUUCAAUACCAAUGUGUGUUUUUCAUCUCUCGUUUUACAUA